UUUGAAUGAAACAUGGCCGCCACGGAAGCUGGAUGUGAGCAUUACGUUCGCAGUUGUUUGUUAAAAGCGCCCUGCUGUGGGAAGUUUUAUGUGUGUCGACUUUGUCACGAUGGUGAAGAGAAUCAUCAAAUGGACCGAUUUAAGGUCCGAGAGGUCAAAUGUGCGGAUUGCAAUACUAUUCAAGAGGCUCAACAAACAUGUAAGAAGUGCAGUGUGAAGUUUGGGGAGUAUUACUGUGACAUCUGUCAUCUCUUUGACAAAGACAAGAAGCAAUACCACUGCCAGCCCUGCGGAAUAUGCAGAAUUGGUCCAAGAGAGAAAUACUUCCAUUGUAAGAAGUGCAAUUUAUGUUUAGCCACCGAUCUUAAAGAUAAUCACAAGUGUGUUGAGAAUGUGUCCAGACAGAACUGUCCUGUAUGUAUGGAAGACAUCCACACGUCUAGAGUAGGAGCUCAUGUUCUUGAGUGUGGGCAUCUUCUGCACAAAACAUGCUUUGAUGACAUGUGCAGAACCGGGGCUUAUCGUUGUCCUCUGUGUAUGCACUCAGCAUUUAACAUGAAGACGUAUUGGGAAGAGAGAGAUUGGGAGAUUGCACACUCACCCAUGCCUGCAGAAUAUAAGGACGCUACAGUCAAGAUCAUUUGCAACGACUGUCAGGCUCAUUGCAUCGUGUCUUUCCACGUGUUGGGAAUGAAAUGCAGUAGAUGUGGAUCUUAUAACACAGCGCAGGAUGGCGGCUUGAUCUCACAGGCCGCUGCAGCAGCACAAGCGCUCGGGGAACAGUCGCGUGAUGAAGAUCCCGAAACAGAGUCGCACGACGUUUAGAUUUUCAACAGGAUAUACAGACUUUAAUCUUUCACUUUUUGUUACGUCUGCAUAACAAUCUUGUUUCACCUGCGUCAGAUGUUUCUAGGAAUUAUCCCGUUACUGAACAGUCAAAUAGAAUAUCAUUGAUCUUCCACAAAAUCAGAGUAUUGAUUUGGUUGCUCCAAAAUCCAUUACUGAUAGCUUGUUUGUUUGAAAUGACUGAGGUCUAUUUAAUGUCCUGGUAAUGGCAAAGAAAUGAAAACGCUAUAAAACAAGGAAAUAAAUGAACAACACUGCAUUGUCACAUCA